CUUGGUGCGCUUGGUGUCUCUAGUAAUAGAACGCCGUCGGCCGAGUUUUGGCAGUAAACAUAUCUGGGAAUAGGAAGAAUUUUCCGCGAUAUCGUAUGUGUUUGAUAAUAAGUAAGUGAGAAGGAUACGCAGAGUGAUUGUAACAUUGUUUAAUGAGUGAUAUUGGGCGCGUGGUACGCUCAAAGCGGCCACAAAUGAUCAGGAAACUAACAAACGAGGCUGUCACGGAGGGAAAAUGUCAAACACCUCGCCAGUAAUAAAUGGUGAAAAUACUGGGAGCGUGGAUUUUCGGGAACUGCGUACAGGACCUGGAACAGCGGCUAGUGGAGUUAACGCGGCCGCAGCUCGAGCGGCAUACAACAUGGUUGCAGCAAUGAACGAACAUUUAUCAACUAGUGCGAGGCAAAACGACUUCCAGAGUGUCGCCGAAGACAGCAAAGCGGGCAUUUUAAGUUUCCCCUGUGACUUCGACCACAUGUAUGCCAGUAUGACAGACGGAGGUACCCCGGCGACGUCCGCACUCGGUGUCAGCCCCCACCGUGGUAACGAAGCUCGUCACCAUGACCUCACCGAGGUCAAGCACCUCAAGGAAUUACUCCUGUUACAUCUAGACCUGAUACAACAACAAUCUGAGCAAAUUGUUACCAAGGAUAAACUAUUAGCUGCUCUCAGGCAGGAAAAUGAAACGCUAAAGUUACGUCUGGAGCGGAUGGAUAGGCGGGUUAAUUUGCAAAAGCUGCGUUCUGAUGUAACUGAGAAUACGUUGGUACCUGAUCACAUCGGAGGAUGCUCUUCUCCGGGUCUUAAUUCUCCAAACGCUCCGUCAACUAGUGAUCACCAGAGAAAUACGGAAUCGGAAAAUAGUAGCCCUCAGUAUAACGAAAGUUUCAAAAUACGUUUGAACACAAGUGGAGGAAUAACUACUGUAAAACAAGAGUCGGAUGAUAGUCAUGUAAAAAUCGAAUCUAAGCACGAAUCAUUUCGGCAAGAAUCUAGCGGUGACUUUCGACAUGAUUGGGAAAUAAAAAAGAAACGAAAGUCCGAUUCGAUGACUCCGACUAUCGGAAAACGCAAAAGAGGAGUUUCCUGCUCAUCAACAAUUAGCAACGACACCACGUCAACGAUACCGGACAACAAAAGUGUGACGCAUGACAAUAACAAAAAGUCAGACAAAAAAGGAAAGUCUGUUACAAAAAGGGAGUCCUUUUUAACAACAGAGGAACACUAUUACACCUCAAUAGGUGAAGCUAAUUACACCCUAAGUCUGUCAGAGCCUGCUCCUUCAGACAACAGUGCUUCUUUGGAAGUCCCAAACUGGAGGGUUAAAGUUUAUACAAGUUGUUACACAAUGGAGGGGACGGAAAAUUUGGAUGAUGAAAUAUUUAAUAAGAGACACUUGAAGCUUGAAAACGAUGAGAGGCGGCGAAAACGAUGGGAUGUCCAAAGGAUCAGAGAACAGAGGCAUAUAGAGAAACUGAAGCAGCGACAAGAACGUCAAAAUCAUCAGGCGACAUGUUACAAUACCAACCAUACCGGACCAUGUCCAACGGUACCAGUGGAAGAAGCUGUGACCACAUUAUGGCCAGAACUGGACCAAAUUCAGGGUCUUCAAGUUGACUCGCGACUACCUGUUACUGCAUUUGGCGUACCCAUUCCUACCUUCACCCCGACCGAAUUCUCGUUACCAUGGUUACAUACGGUAAGGUCGAAGAAUCGUCGGACAAAACGAUCUACAGGUAGAAGAAAAUCGUCCAGAAGAUAAGUCCGUAAGAGGCUAAGCCAUUUUAAUUUUAACUAUUAUUUUAAAACGUAGCGAUAGCAAUGUCCUUUUGAUGAUUGGUUUUAACCCCGAAAUGCUGAAAUGCUAAAGAAGUGAAGAAAUAGGGCACCAAAGAUGUUUUUACUUUUAAUCUUUACUUACACAAUCGACAGAAAAUCUGUAGAGCGUACUCGAUCUUUUUUAUUUGCUACAAUUUUUUGCCGUUUAGAUCAGCCUAUUUAUCGAAAAGUGGUAACUUCAAUAUUCAAUCGGUUUUCGGCGACUUUACUAUUUCAUGGUCAAUGCAAUUGACACUUGUUAUUUUAAUUGCAAUAUUUUUUGACACGCUUCAAAGAUUUUUUAGCAACAGGUAUCAACCGGGAUGUCAUUUGUAUCCUGAAAGAGUUUAUAGUGAAUCAUUAUUUUACCGUAUAGAAAAAGAACAAAAAAAAAAAACCAACAACAUAUCAUUUUUGUUCAAUUUUUUGAUUAAGUUAUCUAGUGUAUUUUUUACAUGUCAGCUUUAGCUUGAGCAAUCAUUGCAGUAUCUUGUUUUUGUUUUUUUUUUACUUUUUUUCCUCUGAACAUAACUAUAAAUUAUAUGUAUAAAUGAAUUUACCUAGGUAUAAUAAACUAUAAACGUGAAAUAAAGAAAAAGUAUAAUAAAAUAAAAUGAUUAUUGUGUAGAGACGAUAGUAUAACCUGUUGAAAUACAGAAAUAUAUCUUUUGCACCCAAUUUCUGUUUUGAGAUAACGUCGAUAUUAUCUCAUAUUAGAAUCCGAUUCUCUAGAUUCUGUAGCAAGUAAAGUAGAUAAAUCAUUAGAGUAUAAACC